GACAGAGAAGAACGAGAGGGGCAGCUCGAGACCUCAGCACCACAUAAAAUCAGGACUUUUAUAUAGAACUGCCUUACAUCUGAAAGAUAUCAAAUCUAACAUGGAGGAAGACAUUUUCAAAUCAGUUGAGGAAGAUCUCGCGGAUGCAAUACAAGAAAUAGUACCUCAAGAAACGCCCCUGCUAAAUCAAGAUGUUCCUAUAUUGAAGAAAAGUAAAAAGAUCAGUGAAAAAUCAGACGACACAGAAAAGGAAGAAGAUGAGUUACAAAUUGAGGAAGUAAAGGCAGAAAAAUAUAAGGGUGCACGUGAUAGACAAAUGGCCAGACAAAAAUCAAGUACUGAAGCACAAAAGGAUAGAAAACUGAGCAGUAAGAAGCCAGAGGAAGUGAAGUUGCAAAAAGAGGCCGUUGAAAGAAUUCAAGCAAAGCAAAUUGCUGAAGAGGACCCUUGGGCACAAAUCACCUUAAAUCGAUGCAUUAUAGUUGCUGCAGCAUUUGUGGUGUUCAGCAUGGGUGUCCAGUUGAUUGUAGGUGUUUUUGAAGUAGACGAUAUGUUGGUGUAUUCUGACAGUGACUUUCUUGAUAAUGAAGAUUUGAAAUUGGCAGAAAGGACUAUGCUAGAGGAUCAGAUAGCGAUCACAGAAACGGAGAAAGCCAUCAAUGAACUUGAGAAGCUUCCUCCUCAAACUCCUGUCAGAACAGAUUUGAAAAAGACAUGUACCGCCCUGAAAGGAAAGCCAGGAGGCUGCAAGCUUGAGGCAGCUGAUAAAAAACAGAUCUCUGCGUACAUUAAGGAGAUCAAAAGCAUUAAAAGUGGAUAUAAGCCAAAAGAUAAAGACUCAGAAACCAGGUCCAGUAAGGACAGAAAAGAUCACAAGCCUGAAUUUGAAAAGAAAGAUGAUAAAUACUUCAAAAAGGAACACAAGGAGGAAAAACACAGGGGCCACCAGGGCUAUCAAGAGCAGCACUUCAAAGAAGGUGAUGGCAAGAAGCUUUCCAAGGGCAAAGAAGAGGGAUGCGAUAAGGGGAGUAAAUUUAACCAGGUCGAUUUUCCAAGAAGACAUGAGAAAAAUGUGAAACAAGGAACAUACAACAAACACCAAGGCCAUUAUAAAGACUUUGAGAAGCACAAGUAUUUCAUUAAGCAAGAUGACAACAAAAAACAUGAUUAUAAAGUGCAUAAAGAAUAUAGUAAGUACAGAGUAUUCAAACGCAGUAAGCAUUAUGGAGGUGAAAGUAUUUACAAGAAGGGUGGCAUGGGAAAACACUUCGGUAAAAAUAAAUUCAAAGAAAGUAGAAAAUUGACUAAUUAGGUUCAAGUUCUAACUUAGAUGUAUUUGUGAUGUGUUGCAAUGACUAGAAAAUAUUUCCACCUUGUGUGAAAUGACUAAACA